AUGGCGGACACGCUACUACCGCAUGCGCAGCUACUUACCAUACUCAUGCAGAGCGCUUGUGAGCAAAUACUGCAGCAUCUGGCUGGGACUUUUGAAACAUUCUGGGCUAAGUUAGCAGCUCACCUUGAAUUGUCAGAGGCUCCGGUUGAGGCGAGAAAGCGGAGACAGGAGAGGCGGGAGAAGAGCGGGCCCUCCCUGGGCGCUUCUUCCACAACAGCGUUGAAGUCUCACAAUCUGGGCCUACCUGGGCUGAAGGCCGACAGGGAUAUACACCCAGAUGCUGUGCUUUGCUCUGCAUGCGCACUAGCCUCCCAAUGCUUUUUUUAGGGAAAGCAAUGGAUUGGCUGAGAUCAUUGAGCUCAAUGAUCUCUGCCAAAGAGCCGGAGUGACAAGCCAGGGACCGCCACUGCAAAAAGAGAAAAGGUAUGUAAACCUCACCUUUUUAAUCCUCCAUGGUUACUUAGGUCACUGUAACGUUAGGGAUGCACAUUUGUAUUCCUUAUGGAAUCGUGUCCUUUAAGCGAAGCUUUCAAUCAUUCUGGCAUGCAUUCACCAAAUACAGAAAUGCCCCAUUUCCAGACAGACCUGGCCCACUCCAUUGUUAACAUCUUUCUCCACAACCCCCUCUAGUCUCCUGGUCCUUAAUUCAUACAUACAGUUUAUGAAUUAAGUUAGCUGACAGUUUGCUCCAUCUUUUUUGAUGUUUUGCUCGAUAUGGAAGCUGAUACAUUCUGACAGAGAGCAUACUGUCAGUUUGUAACCGUUUCCAUCAGUCAAGCACUGAGCAAACUGUCAGCGUGGAAUCAUUUCCAUCUAUCAAGUAAAGCAGGGAGCAUACUGUCAGUGUAUAGCUACUUCCAUUUAUCAAGCACUGCAGGGACAGAGAGCAAACUGUCAGCGUGGAACCAUUUGCAUCUAUCAAGUAAAGCAGGGAGCAUACUGUCAGUGUAUAGCUACUUCCAUCUAUCAAGUAAAGCAGGGAGAAUACUGUCAGUGUAUAGCUACUUCCAUCUAUCACGUAAAGCAGGGAGAAUACUGUCAGUGUAUAGCUACUUCCAUCUAUCAAGUAAAGCAGGGAGAAUACUGUCAGUGUAUAGCUACUUCCCUCUAUCAAGUAAAGCAGGGAGAAUACUGUCAGUGUAUAGCUACUUCCAUCUAUCAAGUAAAGCAGGGAGCAUACUGUCAGUGUAUAGCUACUUCCAUCUAUCAAGUAAAGCAGGGAGAAUACUGUCAGUGUAUAGCUACUUCCCUCUAUCAAGUAAAGCAGGGAGAAUACUGUCAGUGUAUAGCUACUUCCAUCUAUCAAGUAAAGCAGGGAGCAUACUGUCAGUGUAUAGCUACUUCCAUUUAUCAAGCACUGCAGGGACAGAGAGCAAACUGUCAGCGUGGAACCAUUUGCAUCUAUCAAGUAAAGCAGGGAGCAUACUGUCAGUGUAUAGCUACUUCCAUCUAUCAAGUAAAGCAGGGAGAAUACUGUCAGUGUAUAGCUACUUCCAUCUAUCACGUAAAGCAGGGAGAAUACUGUCAGUGUAUAGCUACUUCCCUCUAUCAAGUAAAGCAGGGAGAAUACUGUCAGUGUAUAGCUACUUCCAUCUAUCAAGUAAAGCAGGGAGCAUACUGUCAGUGUAUAGCUACUUCCAUCUAUCAACUAAAGCAGGGAGAAUACUGUCAGUGUAUAGCUACUUCCCUCUAUCAAGUAAAGCAGGGAGAAUACUGUCAGUGUAUAGCUACUUCCAUCUAUCAAGUAAAGCAGGGAGCAUACUGUCAGUGUAUAGCUACUUCCAUCUAUCAACUAAAGCAGGGAGAAUACUGUCAGUGUAUAGCUACUUCCCUCUAUCAAGUAAAGCAGGGAGAAUACUGUCAGUGUAUAACUACUUCCAUCUAUCAAGUAAAGCAGGGAGCAUACUGUCAGUGUAUAGCUACUUCCAUCUAUCAAGUAAAGCAGGGAGAAUACUGUCAGUGUAUAGCUACUUCCCUCUAUCAACUAAAGCAGGGAGAAUACUGUCAGUGUAUAGCUACUUCCCUCUAUCAAGUAAAGCAGGGAGAAUACUGUCAGUGUAUAGCUACUUCCAUCUAUCAAGUAAAGCAGGGAGCAUACUGUCAGUGUAUAGCUACUUCCAUCUAUCAACUAAAGCAGGGAGAAUACUGUCAGUGUAUAGCUACUUCCAUCUAUCAAGCACUGCUGGGACAGAGAGCAAACUGUCAGUGUGGAACCGUUUCCAUCUAUCAAGUGCUAUGCUCUUGA